AAAUGGCACGCUCAGUCCGCGCCUAACCGUCGCGUAGCGCGGAUUCAGUCACGUUCUCUCGAAUCGAGCAGCUCUCUCUCCGCUUUUGUUCGUCGGCCUCUGACGACUCGUCCGUCGUGAUUUAUCGCGCGGCUCGUAUUUUACAGUCGGAUGUCGUUGGCUACGUGCUGGUGCGCCGGCAGAAUCUCGUGUUGCAAGAUAUUUUUCCUCUCAAUGUGUCAACACUUGCUCGUUGUUUAUGGGAGAAGAUCUUUUACUCAGAAAUAAUUUGCGGUCGUCGUCGAAACCACGCACGAACAUUUCAUCGCUGCACUUCCGAGGCAAAGGGGAGGGAAGAGAAGACGUUUCAUUGAAGAGCAACUUUGAACUCCAGCCACCUGUCACUCGCGAAGCAAGUCAAUGCGGAGACGUUGAUAAUUCCGGCAAGCUCGGCGGCUGCAUCCGGCCUCACGCGGUGAGGAGUGUAUAUCAUGAAGGAAGUACAGGAGCAGCAGCAGCCGGAGUCAAUGGAGUCCAACGAAUCGGUUUCCGGCUCGAACGAGUACGCCUACCGACCGCUCACCACCAAGCACAGGAGAGCCGGAAGCACCGGGACGACGGGCGACGAGGAGUACACCACUGACGAGGAUGAGCUUUAUACGGACGAGGCCGAUUGCUCGAUCGGCGCCAGUCUGCAUCCGCCUCAUCCUAUACUCAAGUCCGACCUCGCGAGGGCGGCCACCGAUCUCUUUGGGUACGCCACUAAGCGCGAGGACGAGGACGAGGAGCCGACUAGUCUGUUCGACGAAGAUGACAACAAGUUCCUGGGUGACAGUUCCAGUUCAAGCAAAACCACCUCACUGUUCACGUACAACGAGAAGCUGCAGGGUGUUCUGUCGAGACAUCGAAAUUUGUCGGAGGAGAAAAAGUCGGCGAAGCCUUGCGACAAGCUGAAAUCUUCCGAGCCGGAAGUUCUGAAGGCUCAGACUCAGCGCGCAAGACCCUUGGAUCUCCGAUGGAGCGAAGCUGAUUCGGCGGAUGAAGCGAAAGACGGGAAUGUCGAUACAGGUUCGACGAAGAAAGACAAUUCCCGCGAGUCCUCCAGGAGAUCCUCUCUGUCCAAGGACACACAGCCGGAAGCGUUGCCGAAGCAGGAAUUGCUGUGCGUUCCUAAGAAAAUCAACAGCCCACCGUCGCCUACCACCUUGCAGUGGGGUAGGGCAGUGGCCGAGGUGAAGGAGCACGCUGUGGAGAAAUUGCAGGAGGAGCUCAAGAGGGCCCACGAGGAGCUGAAGCUGAAGGACGAGCAGGUGGCUAGACUGUCGCGCAUCAGACAAGACGUGGAAACCGAGCUCGAGGAACUCACUGCCAGUCUCUUUCAAGAGGCGCAUAACAUGGUUCGAGAGGCUAACGUACGCCAGGCGACGGCGGAGCGUCUUCUGGAAGAGAGUCGUAUGAAAUCGGAGGUGCUCGCGGCCGAAGUAGCUGCUUUGAAGACUUUGGUGCUAACGUCCACGCCGUCGAGACCGAAUCCCCACCUGCAUCCUCAGAUUGAUACGAAGGGUCGUGCCGGAGAGGAGAGCCAGCAAGGGCUUUUCACGAAGAAACAUCGCAGAUCGCCGUCGCACUUCAAUUUGAAGUACGGCCGGGAGAAUUCGCCGCCCGACUCGCCGGUGAAAGAACAAAGACCGCCUUUACCGACGGAUAGAGAGGUGCUCGAGAGGGACUGGAAGCGAGACCGCGAGAAGGAGAGAGAACGGGAGUGCAAGGACUUCGGUUUGGAGGUCGAUCCGAGGGUAUACACAGAGUUCCUCAGAUGGAAGGCGAAUCCAUGCGUCGACAAGAGCGAUCCCUUCGUCGCGAGGGUAUUUAGGGAGGAUAUCGACCUCUGCCUGGAUUUCCCUAACAAAGAAUUGGGCUCCAAGGUCAGGCAAGCCGUCUUGGACGGCAUCAUUUUCAUCGAAUCAGUCAGCGACAAGACGAGACUCGCUUUCCCCAAGAAAUGUGCGCUGCUGGAAGCACCGCGGCAAUGCCAUUAUCGUAUGCGACUUGGCGAUCAGGAGAAUCAAUGGCACUGCAUUUCGCAGAUCUGUCGCAAUCGAAUCAUAGCGGUGUGCGACUUUCUGAAUUACUUGAGAUACGUUGAGCGCGGCCUUGUCAAAAGCUCAGUUCAUGACAUUUACUGGGAGAUUAUGCGGCUGAGGAAGGAGAUGGUCUUCGCGCGCUUGGGUCUGGCAUUGUCGUCCUGAGGCUCGCGCAGGCGGGAUGUCAUCUAGUCUCGAAUCACGGCGCAAUUCAGGCAAGAAACGCACUGCACAGGGACAGAAUUGGUCUGUGGAUUGCGCAGAAUGUCGACGUAAUUUAGCGACAAUCUCGUCUUUUCUCGGCCUUUACGCAGUGAAGGUGCAAUAAAACUGUAACUUCUGGGAUUAUCUAGAAUCUCUAUCUGUCUCUCUCUACUUCUCUCUUCUUCUCUCUAAUUCUGUAAAGUCGUCUUGAUAACGACUCCAUCUCUUGAUACUUCUAAGGGAUUUGCUCGUUUCUGGGACAACACCACGUUGCUAUUCGCGACUGUAAAACGUGCACAAUUUAUCAGCGGAAUUUCCCUUUCCGAUUACGAGUGUGUUUUGCAGCAAGAACAACGAAUUAACUUGUCGCAAUGAGUGAUUUCUAUCUUCUUGCGAGGGGAAAUCAUUCGGAAUUCUACUCGGUAAUUGAGUCUCGGCGAAACGUUAUUCUUAUCGCGCGUGAAUUAUCUCGAAAGGCCGAUAGCAAUCGGUUCUCUAGGUUCUAAUGACACGCGAACAAAAUGAAGGCGACGAUGAGGCCGAUGCGCGAGACUGUGAAUGCGCAGAUUAGGUAUCGUUAUGGUACUCCCACAUGACAAAUGUAAAUAAUAGGAGAAAUUUUUGAGAUAUCGUAAACGUAUUGUCCGAGGUUUGACCGGAGGUCUAACCGGACAUCGUCGAACUCUCUGUUAAACUUGCGCGAAUUUGCGCGAACGGUUCAAGCUCUAAACUAAUCGUUGACGUUUGUUCCCAUUGAGAUAGCUAACGUUUAAUGAUCAUACGGUAACAUGUACGAAUCGCACCUUAUCUCUCUUCGCGGAGUUUGGUACCGACACGGAAGAAUUGAGUGUUCGCCAAUCAUUUGUAUCUGUAACCUCACACGGCCGCGGAUUAUACGCGGAUUAUAGUCGUAUUAAUUUAUCGUCGUGCUCGUGCUGUCCCUUUCUGUUUCGUGUAGAUUUGUCAUAAUUUGUAUAAGUUUUACGUGUUAAUCGUACUGUGAUCAAUGGCUUCCGAUAAAAACCGAUCAAAAAUUAUAAUCAUAAUUAAUUACAAUGAUUUAUAAUUAAUUAUAAUUAUAAUUAAUUCAAAUUAUUUAUAAUCAAUUAUAAUUAUGAAUAAUUACAAUUAUUAUUAAUUAGUUUAAUUAUAUAAGUUCCACGAACUUUAAAUGUGUUUGUACCGAAUCCGCCGAGAUCGUAAAACUGUCACUCACAAGGAAACGGUCGGAAUUGUCCUCUACCGAUUUGGUGAGUUUUGGGUAUGUUGUAGAGCAUAAAAAAAAUAUUAAACUCAUAUUUUCUUAUAUGUGUUCUAAUCAAGGUUUGGAAACAUCCCUCGGGAAUAAUGAAUUUUUUCAUGUUUUGAGAAUAUUUUUGAGGAUAAAUCGGUUGAGUGAUAGUUUCAACCACUUCCUUACUAGAUAUAGUCGACACUUAUUGUUGGAUCAUGACUACAUAUACUAUAGAUAUUAUCGCUCUUAGGAAAGAGUUACGUCUGUGUGGACCAUACGAAUCUCCAAAUUCUUGAUAGUGUAAAUAGAUUCGAAACUUCUCUAUCCUGUCGUGUACGAUCAUUUUAUGCGUCUGUCACGUUACGUCCGACUGUAUAUCCGGACGUAUUUGUUUGAGCUCUAGAUAUAUGUAUACAUACACAUUACUCUCUGGCAUGUUGAAAGAAUCCUUGCGUGAGGAUGUUAACGCGUCAAUUAAAAUGGACGUCCAUGCCAGUCGUGUAUUUUACGAUUGUAUAUACGAGAAUAUAUAUUUUGUUUAUUGCGGAAGUAUCACCGGCUCUCCCGGCAAAUCCUGGAUUUUCAUUCAUUGGUCGAUUCUUUCGAGGCAAGUGAGAGUCUCCGUGGAGCGUUCUCGCGUGACGAAUGAUGAUUUCGGCGUCACGAGGGACGACGAUUUUGUUUCAUGCUGGUACGGUCUUUACAUGAGAAUCUCGAAUCCGUUGUCUUCCAUUGUUUAUCGUGCUCGACGUGAGAGCGGAGGAAAGCGUUUAACAAAUUAAAACGAUUGGUUCGUUAUUUCGAGUGACGCCAAAGCGUGCAAUUUUUGUGGUCAGCGAUAAAGGAAAGAUAGAAGGACGUCCCCUCGGGGAUUGUGAAACGUGAGAAGAAGACUUCCUGUAAGCAUUUCUUGUGAAUAGACAAUGUGUUGAUUGUACAUCAAGUGUAAAUAGAAUCCUCGAAUAUUACUCUUGAGGCAGGAACUUGUAUUUAAGAAACGAAAUAAAGGUUAUCGCCAUUGUACAAAUA